UUCACUUACUUGGCUUUUACUUCUACGUGCCCUUUGUCUUGUGGCUUUGUUACACAUACAUGCAUGCAGUGUUCAUAGAAUUACAGCUAGUUUCUUGCUAUCAACAUUCAAUUUUAUGUCAUGUUAAAACAUUGAUUUUCGUCUGUAACUCGGGGUUUUGUUUCACAAGAUUCAAAUUAUGUAGAUGAAAAGAGAGCUCAUUUUCAGCAUGUGAUCUUUCUGUGGCAACUGUAACUUUGGCUUGAGUUCUUUGUUGUUAAUUAUUUGUUACUGGAAGGUGAUGUCGAAGAAGAGAUAAUUAAGUACAAUGGGGGAAAGAAAUGCAGCCCACAUUGGGUUUCUUUCACAGAAAUUCAUGUUCUGUUUGUUUACUUUUGUAUCAGUCUUGUUCAUAUUUUCGUGGCUCUUCCUGUUGCGUUCCACUGCUCGUCCUCGCUCUGUUGAUCGCUCUGUUUUUUCCAAUUCAAAUCUUUUUUCGGUGUUUAGCGAUAGGAGCUCUAAGCCCGGGACUCCAACUGAUACCAAACAUGAGAGCGGUACAUUGAGAAUCAGGGAUUCAUCUCGAAAGAGAAACUUCAGUAGUUGUGAGACGAUACUUAAAGUUUUCAUGUAUGAUUUACCCCCUGAGUUCCAUUUUGCCCUCAUAGGAUGGAAGCCUGAGGGAAAUAGUAUUUGGCCAGAUAUUCGAACCAAAAUUCCUCCAUACCCUGGUGGACUGAAUCUGCAACACAGUAUAGAAUAUUGGCUCACACUUGAUCUCCUCUCCUCUGAGUUUGCUGACGAUUUGGAGGGUCGUAAUGCUGUCAGAGUUUAUGAUUCGAGUGAAGCUGAUGUUAUAUUUGUUCCAUUCUUUUCUUGCAUAAGCUAUAACCGGUUUUCAAGGCUAAAGCCUCAUCAGAAGGGAAGCAUAAACAAACUCCUCCAAGAGAAACUAGUAAAGUUCUUGACAGCUCAAGAGGAGUGGAAGAAGUCAGGGGGCAGAGACCAUAUAAUUAUUGCUCACCAUCCAAAUAGCCUUUUGGAUGCAAGGAAUCAGCUUUGGCCUGCUAUGUUCAUUCUUUCUGAUUUCGGGAGGUAUCCCCCUGGCAUAGCCAAUGUUGAAAAAGAUGUUAUAGCACCUUACAAACAUGUUAUCAGAAACUAUGGCAAUGAUACUUCUGAUUUUGAUAGCCGCCCAAUUUUGCUCUAUUUCCAGGGGGCCAUAUAUAGAAAAGAUGGAGGAACUGCGCGGCAGGAGCUAUUUUACCUUCUAAGGGAAGAAAAAGAUGUGCAUUUCAAGUUUGGAAGUGUUCAAAAGGAUGGCGUGAGUAAUGCUUCAGCAGGGAUGCAUUCGUCGAAAUUCUGCCUCAACAUAGCCGGUGACACUCCCUCAUCAAACCGUCUGUUCGAUGCCAUUGCAAGCCACUGUGUUCCCGUUAUCAUCAGUGAUGAAAUCGAGCUCCCUUACGAAGACAUUCUGGACUAUUCAGAGUUCUGUGUAUUUGUCCGCACUGCAGACGCUGUCAGAGAAAAUUUCCUCAUGAAUCUAAUCAGGAACAUUGGGAAAGACGAGUGGACCAGAAUGUGGGCAAAGCUGAAGGAGAUUGAGAAUAUGUUCGAGUAUCGAUAUCCUUCCAAAGACGAUGAUGCUGUUCAAAUGAUAUGGAAAGCCGUGGCUCGCAAAGUCCCCUCAAUAAAAAUGAAGGUACAUCAGUCUAACCGCUUCUCACGUUUCGAACCUCACAAGGCCAAACCAAUUCCAUCUAGUCUCUUGCCAAGAAAUUUUCAGUAAAUCCCGAAAGUUGUAAUGAAUAGUUAGAGAUUUCAGAGGAAGAGAAACGAAAAAUAUGAAGAAAAAACUGUA